AAACAGCCACUUGGUUCAAAGUUGCAAAUAUACGUGAGUUCUUAUAGUGACAUCAUCGUCCAACUGAUGAAGGGGAAUCCCCGGCUGGGAUCAUGCGAUGCACACAAUUUAAAUUCAUGUGUUGACCCAAUACAUUCAUUAGAACGUUCGCGUGCAAAAGUUUUCAUUUGUUUGAGAUACUGCGUGGUUGAAUGAAAUAUCCUUGUAUACCGUGUUAUAUCAUCAGAUAUGUUUAUAUGAGGAAGUGCGAGCAGUUUUACGACAUGAUAUAAAUCUGCAGUUUGUAAUCAACCCCAAAUAAGAUCAACUUGGGUUGUUACUACAGUUAAUUCAACCAAAAAUAUUGAUAGCACUUGUACGUUUUCCGUUUUCUGCUUCAAGACGAUGAGCUUUGUGUUUAGUCUCACUCCUUUGCGCAAGAGGCCGUGCACUUCAGGAAAAAUACUUCUGACGAUUUUGGUGUUUGUGGCCUUCUCAUCAGUCAGCAGUUUAGCAAGUAAAAGUUAUGAGUGUCCAAACUGUAUUGGACAGUACAUCAAAACUGUUGAUCCCUCGACAGGAAAAUGUGUAGAGUGCUGGCCUUGUCCGGAAUGUUUAGAUGGUCAUGGUUCAUCUGUUAAAUGUGGAGAAACUGUACCUGAAGGCACAAAAAUUCACUGCGUGCUAUGUGUCAAUGGUGCAAAUUUCUCAGAGAGUUCUGGCACUGAUCAAUGUCAACCUUGUGGAGUGUGUGCAGGCGAACAUGAGCGUGUACUCAACAAAUGCACGCGUGACAGGGAUGUAGAAUGUGAUUGCAAAGCAGGGUUUUAUCGGAACAAAACAAAUGAUAAAUGUUUUCCCUGUAGUUCCUGCCCAAGCUGCUUGAGGGAUAAAGACAUCUUUUCAAAAUGUCAGAAGGAUAAAGAUGAACAUCAGAUGGCAAGUUCAUCUACCACUACAUGCAGUACGUUAUCAGUCUCAUCCUUAGCAACAUAUUCCCAUUCACAUUAUGCUACUUCUAUGUCUUUGCUUCCUGGUUUGACCAUCGCAAGGGUUCUGGUUCCUACAAGAACCCAACAUAUCAGCAUUACAUCAACAAGUGUAUUAGAACAAGAGAUGACACCCACUUCAAAAGCCACCAUGCAAGUGCCACCGAUUGACCACAAUAUAUAUAAUAACAAUAUGAAUGAUGACCACACUCAUGACAGUUCCAGCAAGAAAACUGAAAUUGUUAUCUCAGUAUCGAUCAUCAUGUGUGUGUGUCUUUCAACUUGUGCUGUUUUCAAAUCCCCUGCAUUUAAUGCUCUUACUUGUGAUCUUGACAAUCACAAGGCAAAAUAG